AUGGAUGCUAUAGAACAUCUACGCGAGGCUCUCACGUCGCGGCUUGUCUCCAAGGGCAAUGCUUUCCUGUGCCAGGUCGAUGAUUGCGUUGUCACGGCUGUACGACAGGGCCUUGGGCUCAGAGCUGCACAUAUUGAUUCGAUCCAAGUGACCGCAUUCACUGAGACAGAUAUUUGUCCAAUUUGUCCAAUGGAACAAGAUAUCGGCGAAACAUACGGUCAUUAUAGUAUCUGGAUGUGGGUCGUUUAUGAUGAGUCCUACCGGGAAACCUUUGAUCCGGCAGAGAUAUCUCUAGUGCAACUAAGAAACGGCACCUACCUUAAAUACAAACAAAUGGGGCAACUAGCCGAGGUCGUUGAGGUAUAUCUCACGGGAAAACUGAAAGGCAAAGAAAAGCAUGAUGACGAUGAUCUGGAUUCCGAAUGUGGUACACGAGUGCCGCAUCUGCACAGUUUCCCUCAUUUAACGAUUGUGGACGUAUGUGUUGAAGAUGGUGUUCGGAAGAUUAUCUCUGAGGAUUAUGAGAAGAUGAAGAAGGACCACGAUACCUCUCGGGAGAAUCUUGAAUCUUCUCAGGGGUGGACUGAUUCGAUUUCUGAUUGUGUCUCUCAAAGCACGGAGGUGGAUGAGCCUAUUAGUUGGUGA